UCCUACCGGUCUCCCUUUCUUCGAAGGCGCCCUCCUCACGCCUCUUUGUGAGGGGGAGACUACGCGAGAGCUCUCUCACCUCUUUCCCCGUACCCAUCUCUCUCUCUCUCUCUCUCUCUCUCUCGGUCUCUCUCUCGUGUCUUGUGUCCUUUAGUGGGUGAGCUGAAGCCAUCCCCGGUGCUUUGACUUAGUCUUCGGUCUUUGAUUACAGCAUGGAUGCCCGUCGCUUGUCGAUCCCAGAGCAUUCUGUGCUUUGAGAAUUGUCGAAGAUCUCAAGGAAAGUGGAGUUCUCGGGUCUUCGCUAAAAUAAUUGGAGAAGUAUGACUGCGAGAGCUGGAUAUGUUCUAUGGACUAUGGCAUAAGUAGUAGGUUUUGGUUCGUCAGAGCCCGGAAUAAGCUAGCAGAAUGGCGAGUUAUCUGAAGAACCAAUCAUUCAGUUUUUCGAAUUAAAAAUAAUCCUGAGAAGAUGACCUACAUAAAAGAAAUGAUUUCCCUUGAAGAAGCCUAAGAACUGGGUUUGAAUUCAGUAUCAGAAAGUGAAUUGUGAAGCAAGUUUUGGAUUCAAUUUCCUUCUGCACUUUGUUGUGUUUGUAUAUUUUGGUCAUGUUAUUCAGAAGAAAUAUCAGGGGACCUUUAUACUGCUGCCAUGAAGUGUUUUCCUUUUCCAAAUGGACUUAAGAAGAGUGAGAUCCUUUCCACAUUCUCUGCAUCAGCACGGUCUAACAGUACCACGUCGACUGACCGUGAUGUGAGGAGAUCAGGGUCUGAGUUCAACUCUUGGAAUGUUUCAGACAUGAGCGCUGACUCCCUUGGGAGGUGUCAGUACCCUAGCUUCUCCCAGAGGCCAAGUGAUCUUAGGGUGUUUACAUUUUCAGAAUUAAGGACUGCUACAAGGAAUUUCAGCCGUUCACUGAUGGUCGGUGAAGGUGGAUUUGGAUGUGUUUACAGGGGCACAAUUAAGAGCUCUGAAGAUCCAAAUAUGAGGCUCGAGAUUGCUGUUAAACAACUAAAUCGCAAAGGGCUGCAGGGGCACAAAGAAUGGUUGACAGAAGUGAAUGUUCUUGGGGUAGUUGAACAUCCAAAUCUUGUCAAAUUAGUAGGCUAUUGUGCUGAUGAUGAUGAAAGAGGAAUACAAAGACUUCUUGUAUAUGAAUAUAUGCCUAACAAAAGUGUAGAGGAUCAUUUGUCACCUCGAUCAACUACAACUCUUACAUGGCCUAUGCGGUUAAAAGUAGCGAUUGAUGCGGCUCGCGGCUUGAAGUACUUGCAUGAAGAUAUGGAUUUUCAGAUCAUUUUUCGAGAUUUCAAAACAUCCAACAUUCUCUUGGAUGAGCACUGGAAUGCAAAAUUGUCUGACUUUGGCUUGGCUAGACAUGGACCAUCAGAAGGAUUAAGUCAUGUUUCAACAGCGGUUGUAGGAACUGCUGGCUAUGCAGCUCCGGAAUACAUGCGAACCGGUCAUCUCACUGCCAAGAGUGACGUAUGGAGCUAUGGUGUUGUCCUUUAUGAGCUUAUUACAGGUCGUCGCCCACUUGAUAGAAACCGCCCAAAAAGUGAGCAGAAACUUUUGGAAUGGGUCAAGCCCUACAUAUCUGAUGUCAAGAAGUUCCGACUUAUCCUAGAUCCAAGGCUAGAAGGACAGUAUUCCUUGAAAUCUGCAACCAAGCUUGGCUCUGUGGCAAAUAGAUGCCUAGUGAGAAAUCCCAAGUCUAGGCCCAAGAUGAGCGAGGUGUUGGAGAUGGUGCAAAGGAUUGUAGAAAGCAUGGAGACUGGAGCUCCGCAACCUCCCCUGAAAAGUUCCAUUUCAGAAGAAGAAACUUCAGGAACAAGGAAAAAGAGAGGAUUAAACCUAAAGAGAAGGAUUGUGGAUUGGAAAAUGGGAGAAGGAAUGCGGUUGGUGUGGCAGGGAUGGACUCCGAAACUUGUCAGGACACAUUGAUGAAAGUGGUGAUAACGAUGAUGAAAAAGUAUAUAUCUUGUAUGAUGCAUUUGUGUGUGCUCGAAUUUAGUAGUUAGUUCCUGUUAUUGGGAAUUAUCAUGGUUAUCCAAUAGGUGAAAGUGAGGGAAUUAGCGGCGGCAAAUUUGGAGGUUGUAACAGUGGCACCUCCUGCCUCCUUAAUUCCAUUAAAAAAAUGUUGGAGUUUGUAACAUGCAAACAUCGUGCUUAACCAAGUACAUUUUGUAUUCUUCUUUUCUAAUGAUAAUAUUGAGAAUGGUCGAUCUCAUUGACGUGCUUUCAUCCUUCA